GUGUCAAGCAUAUAUUUGCAGUUGCAGUGCAUAGGACAUAAGCCUAUUGAAAAUGUACACUCCAAUCAUUUGUUUGCUCUUGGCUACUGCCUGUGUGGCAGCACCUCUAGUGGUCGAUAUUGCUACCUUUGAGAAGAACUUGAAGUCUCAGUUGGAAACCACUGCCCAGCAUCUCAUCUACGAAGCUGAACAGAAAAUUAAAAGUGAGCUUCAAAAUGUUUUUCACUUACAAUCUCAUCAAACCAGAAAUACUGGUAAAGAUUUGUUGAAAGCAUUGGAAGGAUCUGCCAUCGACUCCUUGACAACUGCUACUACUGGUGUUGUCAGCAAUGUCGUCACCAAUCUUGUCUCCGGUUUGACAGGUAAACUCACAGGUGUUAUAUCAAAUUUGAUCGGACAUAUUGGCAAGAGAAGUACCGGUAAAGAUUUGUUGAAAGCGUUGGAAGGAUCUGCCAUCGACUCCUUGACUACUGCUGCUACUGGUGUUGUCAGCAAUGCCGUCAAUCAGCUUGUUUCAGGAUUGACCGGUCAGCUCACAGGAGCUAUAGGCAAGCUUCUCGGACACAUUGGCAAGAGAAACACUGGCCACGAUUUGUUGGAGGCCCUGAAAGGAACUGCCAUCACAUCUGUCGAAAACUCUUUGACCCCAGUCAUUGAUACGGUCAUCAACACCGCUGUCACCAAAUUGACAGGUGAAAUUGGACACAUUGCCACCAACCUUUUGGGACAUCUUCACAUCGGAAAACGACAAUGGCAAGCGGUUGCUAUUGAUCUCGCUGAAAAAGUUGCCGUAUCUACCGCUGCCGAGGUCGCUGGACACGAGAUCGGUAAAUAUAUCGAUAAACAUUUAGGCAAACGUGGUUUAGGAAGCGUCGUUGUUGAUCUUUUGGAGAAGGCUGCUGUUGACACCAUUGCAAAUGUUGCAGGACAUGAAAUAGGCAAGAAAAUCGAAGGAAAGCGAAACAUCUUCAAAGAUUUGUUGAAAGGGGUAGAACAGUCUAUUGUUGGUGUUGAACAAUCCGCUCUACAAAGUUUGACUGGUUUGGCCACAGAUAAAUUGAAUAACCUCAUUAGUAAAAUCGGAAAGCGAAACAUCUUCAAAGAUUUGUUGAGUGGAGUAGAACAGUCUAUUGUCGGUGUUGAACAAUCUGCCCUACAAAGUUUGACUGGUUUGGCCACAGAUAAACUGAAUUCCCUCAUCAGUAAAAUCGGAAAGCGAAAUAUCUUCAAAGAUUUGUUGAGUGGAGUAGAACAAUCUAUUGUCGGUGUUGAACAAUCUGCUCUACAAAGUUUGACUGGUUUGGCCACUGAGAAGUUGAACAGUCUCAUCUCUAAAAUUGGAAAGAGAGACGCCGCCGAUGUUGAUGUUUUACAACAACUUAUUGGUCAGGUGAUUGGUUCCCUAGAUGUAAACAAAAUUGGUGAUCUUGUAAAAGAGACAAUGGCCGGUCUUCCAGCCCUUUUCGAAAAAGAACUUACUGCUCUUUUGGCAGCAAAUGGAAUCUAAAGGAUAUUGCUACGUACUAACUUUGAUCUAGAUCAUGUUUUGGAAAAAAAUAAAUUAUAAAAAAAACCUUUAAA